GUUUUGUGUGGAGGCAUUUGCUUGAUUACAUAAAUUCCCGUGAAUUUUGACUAUUUCGUGAUAAUAGAGGCAAUAUUCUUCGCUCUCGCAUUUACACAGACUGACUUUGAGUAGGUAAAGUGGUAUUCUCUCGAAAAGCCAAAGAUGGCCGCGGUGCUUCAGUCUUCUCUCGCCAUUGGACGGAAUUUCAAGUGUUCUGCUGUGUCGCUGCAAUUAAUACGUGAAUUCGCCAGCAAAAAGAUGGGUUUGCCGCGUGUUUACUUCGACAUGUCUGCCGACAACUCAACCAUUGGGCGCAUUGUGAUGGAAUUGCGUUCGGACGUCGUGCCGAAAUCAGCCGAAAACUUCCGUGCUCUGUGCACUGGUGAGAAGGGAUUCGGCUACAAAGGAUCCACCUUCCAUCGUGUCAUUCCCAACUUCAUGUGCCAAGGUGGUGACUUCACCAACCACAACGGCACUGGUGGCAAGUCCAUCUAUGGCUCCAAGUUCGAGGAUGAGAACUUCACGCUGAAGCAUCUUGGGCCCGGAACUCUGUCCAUGGCCAAUGCUGGGCCCAACACCAAUGGCUCCCAGUUCUUCAUCACCACGGUGAAGACAUCCUGGCUGGACAAUCGCCAUGUGGUGUUCGGCACGGUGGUGGAGGGCAUGGACGUGGUGAAGAAGAUUGAGGGCUUCGGCAGUCAAUCCGGCAAGACAUCCAAACAGAUCGUUGUGGCUGACUGUGGACAACUUUCAUAAGGGAGCGGGGGAGAGAGAGAGUGUUGAUCGCUCGCAUUUGAUUUCUAAUAUUCCUCCACCCUAUCAAGAAAAAAAAAAAGAUGCAAGAAUGAUGAAAUAAAACUCACAGUCAUUUUCUCACACAUUUGCCCUGAACCUCACUCAGAAGAAAUUGUUUUGUAAAAUUGAUUUUGGAACGAAAACAAAGGAGAAGAAGAAAGAAUGUAAGGAAGGAAAAGGGGAGCAUUUGCGAUGUUCUGUUUUUGUAGGAUGGAAGAGGAGGAUAAUGUAACAGUGCUAAAAGGAAGUCCGAAUAUCGUGCGAUUAACUAUAAUUAAUUUUGUGGAUUGAUUAAGCAUUUGUAAGACAUUGAGAAAAUCCCAAUUAACGCUUUUCGUAUUCCAUAUACAAAUGUUUUGAACUCAAUAAAAACUGAUUUUUUCUUUUCCAAAAAUCACACUUUCCUCCAUUGCCUAAUGUUGUAACCCAUUUACCAAUUCACUCGUAUAUUAGCAGUUCUUUUUUGGUGACAAAAAAAAUCUAUUGAUAUCUUUGGUAUCUUUAUAUACAAUACUGGAUGGAAAAAUGAGUUUUUAAGUUUUUAAGAAUUAAAGAAAAUUUAAUUGAA